GCCGCAGCGAGGAGCCAUGGGCAACAUCUCCUCCAACAUCUCGGCCUUCCAGUCUCUGCACAUCGUUAUGCUGGGCUUGGACUCGGCCGGCAAGACCACGGUGCUCUACCGGCUCAAGUUCAACGAGUUCGUGAACACAGUGCCCACCAUCGGCUUCAACACCGAAAAGAUCAAACUGAGCAACGGCACUGCCAAGGGCAUCAGCUGCCACUUCUGGGACGUGGGCGGCCAGGAGAAGCUACGGCCGCUGUGGAAGUCCUACAGCCGUUGCACGGACGGCAUCAUCUACGUGGUGGAUUCGGUGGACGUAGACCGGCUGGAGGAGGCCAAGACGGAGCUGCACAAGGUGACCAAGUUUGCUGAAAACCAGGGCACACCGCUGCUGGUCAUCGCCAACAAGCAGGACCUGCCCAAGUCGCUGCCAGUGGCCGAGAUUGAGAAGCAACUGGCGCUGCACGAGCUCAUCCCGGCCACCACCUACCAUGUCCAGCCGGCGUGCGCCAUCAUCGGCGAGGGCCUCACCGAGGGCAUGGACAAGCUCUAUGAGAUGAUCCUGAAACGCAGGAAGUCUCUCAAGCAGAAGAAGAAGCGGUAAUGCGCUCGAGUCAGCGAUCUGGAGCGAGGCUGAGCGAGCAAGCCAGUGAAUGAAUGGACGUCUGGGUUGAGCGAGAACCCGCGAACAAAGACAACGAACCAAAGCGAUGAUUCGAAUUUUUAAAACACGAUCUCUGUAUCCAGGACUUGGAGACUUAGCCCGGGUGUGGAGGCUGCAUAACCACCCAUCUCGUCACCUGCCCCACCCCCCACCCCCAGCUCAGAGGACCUUUUGUCUAUAAUGCUUGAGUUACUGGUGGGGUAGGGGGGGACCGGUGGGGAGUGGACGUGAGGACGCGAGGGUUCCGCGGUGUGCCCUCUGGCCCCAGGUGGAAAGCUUGGAUGUCAGAGAGACAAAAGCGAUUUCUUCUUGUUCCAGCAGGGCCAGAAGUUCAGGCUUCCCAGCCCCCACUGCGGGGGGGAAUCACGUGUGAGUUACCUGAGGUAUGCAGUUCACACAGAACCCUGGGGAUACCCGAGAGAAAACGGGGCAGGUCCCUGUUGCAAUUUCACUUGUCCUGCUCUGGGCCCAAAGGAGGUGGUGGUUUGGGGCCAUCCAGAGGACUGCCUCGGACCAUGCGGCAGCUGCAAGGCCCAGGAUGCUGUGCUUCUGGACUUGGCUGGAAAUGGCCUGGAAGACGCCACUUUCCAGGGGUGGGUGUGUAUGGUUUUGUUGAGAACUGCUUUUCAGCCUGGGAUGAGACCUCUUCCAGAUGGCCUAGGCCCUGUCCAUGUGCAGGUCAUUCUCCCAUAAAGAGACCAAUAAAACAAAGAAGAACAGAAAAACCAUUGGAGGUGGUGGCAGUACAGGUGUUUAAAGGGUGAGGUUCUCGACAUUAAUUGUGUGUGUGUGUGUGUGUGUGUGUGUACACUCGGUACUGCAUAAUCGGCAUAAAAACUGAACCCUCUGUGUGGAAUUUAAAAAUCUCUCAGCCUACUGAUUGGUUUGGAGGACCACACCAGCUACAGAUGUGUGCUGAAUUGCAAAAUGGUUUUCUUAACAAGGGGGAGGGGGUCUGAUAGUAAUAACCACGUGGUGAUAGGUUUCAGACAUGUUCUUUUAUUAUUAUUUUAAAAACCCCCACUUCCAUAAAUAAAUUAUCUUCACCUUAGGGAGAAAAAGACUUUGCCCUUUUGUGACCCUUGGCGCUGCAAGUGCAGACAUGUUCAGAUUUCUGGGCUGGGUCUUUGUAGCCUAUCUGGUUUCAGUAUUUUACUCAAAAUGUGUCGUUAGAAUAUUUGAUGUCAUUCACCAGAAGAAUAAAACCCCACCUUGUCAGAGCUGACCCUGUUUGCACGGCAUUGAAGGGAGGAAAAGUCUGGAGGAUGAAGUCCUUUGGAAAUGACCCUUGCGGGAGCCGGCCUGGCCUCGGAGCCAGCCAGCACUUUGGGUUAAGGCAAACAACAAUGAGUGCUUGAGAAGAGAAGGAAGUGGGCGUGUGACGUCAUGGUCACUGGUACUCAGGCACUUCACAGUUUACUUGAAAGAGGCUUUGGAAAAUAGAUAAAGUGAAAGAAUAAAUACAUAUUUUUAAUAAGGUAAUUUAAAAAAAUCCUUUAUAAUCAGGAGCGAGUCUUGGCUUGUUAAAAGCUGUCAUUUAUCUUGAAACACAGUAUCAAAAGAGAAAUUUACAACUGAUUUUGUUACUUUUUCUUUUAAUUUCCCCUCUGAAUCCAUGUUUUAGGGUAGGAUUUUUUUUUGUUUGUUUCCCUCCAUGGCAACACAUUGCUGUGCAAAGAAAGCCAUGGUUGUGAGUGAGCACCGAGUUGGUCACAAUAUGAGCCCAUCCCUAUUGUCCUUGACACUCUAAGAGUCAAUUUAAGAACCAUAGGCAGAAAUCAUGGCUUCCUGCUUGAAACCCGAUCCUUAGAAGAUUGUUUUUAAAACUGAAAUCUAGUGGCCCGUGCUCCUUUCUUGUGUGUUUGGUAGCCCUCCAAUUUACUGGUCUUUUUGUAUACAGAGCUAAGCAGUGGUUAUCAUCCUGCAGGAUCUGUUUACACAGCAACUGUGGAUUACUGGCUUCUCCAUGGGCUGGUCCCAUGGUCUGAAGAUUCUGUAUAGAAUUAUUAAAAAAAAAAAUCCACCUUCUUUUUAUUUUCUUCACAAUUUCUUAAGCACUUUGACAUUUUGGUAGUUCCACAGUAUGGAGAGAAUAAUAUAUUUAUUUUGUGACAUUGCAUAUGCCAAAUAAUGUAGCUUUCCUGUGCUCACAAUACCUGCGUUCCAGGUCAGUGUUCCAAUCCUGGCCUGCUUGAACAAUGGCUUGGGAUGGUUUUGUGAUGUUUUUUCCCCCCACCAUUAUCAAUACUUAAGGGUGCAGUUGACUGUUAGUAGUUGUGCAGUAAAGUCAAGCCCUGUGGUGUAUCAACAAAUAGUUAAAAAAAAAAAAGAGUCUCGGUUGAUUUCUGUAACGUUUGACCUAAUAAACGCCCAUUUCAUCUGUGACAAGACAUAGCCUGGUGAACAUCACUGUGGUGGUGCCAUGGGGGAGUUCCCAUCACAUGCCAGCCAGACCUAGUGAUACUUCUGACCUUCUGGUUCCCAGAGGAGUUCGGCCUCUCCGAGCGAGGUUUGGAAUGGUUUCUUUCUGAUAGACACAGGGAGGCCAGUUUGGAUUGAGAGCUGUUUUCUUCACACACUCUAUGACGGUGUUGGAACCCCUGGCUUCUGGUUUUGGUUUUCCUGUAAUUCUGUCUUCACCGUUCUCUUCUCUGUUUCCAUACCCCUCCCCCUUUUAUAAUACAUAUAUGAUGCUGUGAACAGAAAUAAACUAUUUAUACAAUCAAA